UUUGGAUCACAGAACACUAUAUCUGCAUGGAAUAUGAUGCAAUUGGCAAUGGCUUUAGAGGGUUGUGGCAAGAAUUUCAUUUGGGUUGUUAGGCCACCAUUAGGCUUUGACAUAAACUCUGAAUUUAGAGCCAAUGAAUGGUUGCCUCAAGGAUUUGAAGAGAGAAUCAAAGACUCAGGAUGUGGACUAUUGGUUCAUAAAUGGGCACCCCAGGUGGAGAUUUUAUCUCACAAAUCUUUAUCUACAUUUUUGAGUCAUUGUGGAUGGAACUCUGUGCUUGAAUCACUGAGCCAUGGCGUGCCAAUGAUAGGGUGGCCAGUGGCAGCAGAGCAGUUUUAUAAUGUAAAAUUGUUGGAAGACAUGAUUGGAGUAUGUGUGGAGGUUGCUAGAGAGAAGAGGAGUGAGGUUUUUCAUGAAGAUAUAGUGGAAAAAAUUAAGUUGGUGAUGAAUGAGAGUGAGAAGGGAAAGGAAAUGAGAGGGAAAGCUUUGCAAGUUAAGGCGAUAAUUAACAAUGCUAUCAAAGAUGAGGGAAAUUCUAAAGGGUCUUCUAUGGACGCCAUGGAUAAAUUCUUGAAUGCUGCAUUGAAUUUGAAAACAAAGGGGAAAUUCAACAAUGAGGUUUGAG